AAGCGAAGUGAAGUCUCCUGUUUGUGUUUCUCUCAUCAUGGCGAAGGAAUAUGACGUCCUGCUGCGGCUCAUGUUGCUAGGAGAUUCAGGAGUCGGGAAAAGCUGUCUACUUUGGAGAUUCGCAGAGGACGACUAUCACCCCUCACACAUCGCCACUGUCGGUAUUGAUUUCCGGAUGAGGACUCUGGACAUCAACGGCAUGAGGGUCAGAGUGCAGAUAUGGGAUACAGCAGGACAGGAGAGAUACCAGACGGUCACCAAGCAAUACUACAGACGCGCACAGGGCAUCCUGCUGGUGUAUGACGUCACUGAUGAGAGCUCAUUCCAACACAUCGCCAAGUGGAGCAGCGAUGUGGACGAGACGGCCCCUGGGGGGGUGAGGAGGAUUCUGGUCGGCAACAAGUGUGAUCUGGAACAGAUGAGGAGAGUCACUACUGAACAAGGAAGCAAGUUGGCCCAGUCGUAUGGAAUGGACUUUUUCGAGACCAGUGCCUUCACUAGCCACAACGUUGCCGAGGCCUUCACGUGUCUGACCCAGCAGGUUCUGGUGAGCAGCAGCAGUGACGGCGGCAAUCAGCUCUGGGUGAACAUCAAGAGCGACUUGACCUCCAACGACCUUCACAGCGACGCGACCUCUGACGAGGGGACGGACGGCUCACACAGCACCUGUCUCUGCUAGAACACACACGCACGC